AUGUCCGGCGGAGAGAAGAGAGCGAGGGAGGAGGUGGAGGCGUUGCUGGCGCAGACGAAGCUGACGGAUCGAGUGAAGAAUAAGAUCAGGGCCAUCGCCAACAACACGUGUGGGGACAAUGUGGGCUUGAAUAAUGAUGGCCUCGGCGUCAUUGGGGCGCGUGCGGUGGCCAAGGCGCUCAAGGACAACACCUGCCUCAAAACGCUCUUCCUGCAAAGCAACUCCAUCGGCGAUGAGGGCGCUGUGGUGUUGGCGGAGAUGCUGAAGCACAACACGGCCCUCGAACAGCUCUUCCUGAGUGAGAACUCCAUCGGUCCUGAGGGCGCUGUGGCGUUGGUGGAGAUGCUGAAGCACAACACGACCCUCACAUGGCUCGGCCUGGAACGCAACCGCGUCGGCGAUGAGGGCGCUGUGGCGUUGGCGAAGGUGCUGAAGCACAACACGACCCUCGAAAUACUCAUCUUGGAUAACAACUCCAUCACCCCGGUUGGCGGUGCGGCGCUGGGUGCCGCACUGGACGAAAACCGCACGCUGUCUCGGCUUGACAUCGAGGAGAACUCCACCGCCACCGCCCGCGCCUUUGGUGCCGCGCUGCCCGUCGACCGAGAACUCAACACAGACUGGGGUGAUGACCGUGAGGGCAACGCCGCCUUCGAUGAAGCACGCAAGGAGAAGAAACGACGACACCAUGAGCAACUGUUUGCCGCCUGCAGGGAUGGCGACGCUCCAGCUGUCACGUCCCUCAUCGAACAGGACAAUGCAGAUGUCAACCAACAUAAUGAACAGGGCGACACGCCGCUGCACGUUGCCUGCAGGCACAACCAGCCCGCCGUCGUGGAGCUACUCCUGAAGAAGGGCGCAGACACUGCCGUCAAGAACAAGAAGGGAGAGACGCCCUAUGAUGUGGCACAAGCCAGCGGUCAUACUGCCAUCACCAGCAUCCAAGGGCUGAAGUCAGGCGGCAAACCCCAGCAACAACCACAGCAACAACAGCAGCCAAAACAAGAGCCACCUGCGCCCACUCCUGCCGCCGGACCGAAGCAAGAAGAACAAGCAGCGCAAGACCCCGAACAGGCGCGCAGGGAGCGUCUCCAGCAGCGCAUGCGGGAGGUCAUAGCACGCUUCAACGCGACCAUGGCGGGCAGGGCCAAACUCAUCUUCAUUGGUCAGGGGCGCGCCGGCAAGACUUCCACGUUCCACUCACUCAUGGGUCACACCUUCAACAAGCAUGAGCACUCCACGCAUGGCGCCGCCUCAACCGACCUCGCCGUCAUUGUCGAAUCAAUGGACGUUCACGACUGGCAGGAGCUGGAUGCGGAGAUCUCGGAGCUGAUGCGCAGUCUCUGCGGCACGGCGCUGGCGCAGGAAUCUGGCGUGGACUUGCAGAUGAAGCAGGCGAUGAUGAAGGCGAAGGCGAACUUUGAGAGCCGCAUCGCCCAACACCAUCAGCAACAGCGGCAGCAGGAAUCUGAUAAAACACCGAAAGCAGCGGCUGCCAAGCUGAAGCAAGGACAGUCACAGCAGUCAAUGGAGACGCGGUCACGGCCAUCAUCCCGCACGUCGCCAGCGACUGUCCCAAAGCCCAGCAAGACGCCUCACAUGUGUGCGUCUGCACCCAAGAAGCAGACCACCCUAAACCCUUCCAGCCAAAGUGAUGCUGCUGCGCGUGACAACAGCACCACUGCCACAACCGGCAUGUCUGCGGAGGAAAUGGAGAAAGCGAUCAAAGAGUUCAACGUGGACGCCGUCAUGGGCGAGGGCAAAGCGCGCGUCACGUUCAAGGUGUUUGACCUGGGCGGCCAGUCCACCUUCUACAUCUUCCACCCUUUCUUCCUCACCAAGUACGCGGUGUACCUGCUGGUGUUCUCCAUGGAGGACCUGUUGCACGAAGACGAGAGCCAUCGGGCAGAGGCGUGGGAAUUUAUGGAGCACUGGCUCUCCUCCCUCCACCUCCACGCCAAGGGCGCACCCGUCCUCAUCGUGGGCACCUUCGCUGACAAGAUCAACGAGAGGAAGCAGCACGAGAACAUCUCACGCGACAUCUACAGCCGCCUGCGCCACAACCCCGCUUUCCCUGGCGUCAUCCACAACGACAAGCAUGGCCUGUGGUUCUGGCCUGUCGACAACACCAAGUCCAUCAAUGACCCCAUCAUCCAGGACCUGCGCCAGACCAUCUCCUCCACAGCACUGGCGCAGGAGUACGUGAGCCAGGAGGUGGCGGUGCCGUACCUCCACCUCUACGACAAGCUCAACGCCAUCGCCCGCGACGAGCAACGGCCACUGCUCACGUUUGAUGAGGUGGUGCAGAUUGCGCGCACGUGUGGGCUGCGCACACGUGAGGAGACGAAGGCCUGCCUCCAAUUCCUCCACCUGUACUCGAUGGUGCUGUACUACGACCACGUGCCAGGCAUGGAGGAUUUCGUGAUCCUGAGCCCGCAGUGGGCGGUGGAUACAAUGACCCGCGUCAUCCGUAACUUUGACCUGCACCACGACGUGCGUGAUGGUGCGGCGAGGGCCGUUGGCGCGCAGCUGUGGGACGACCUCGUUGACCGCGGCAUCCUGCACCGCCGUCUACUUGAUGUGCUGUGGAGGGACUUGGAAGGUGGCAUGGUUGAGCCCUUUCUCCAACUCAUGAUGGAGUACGGGUUGUGUAUCCAGUACACAGCGCCAAUGGUGCUGCUGUCCAGCCACCAACAGCAGCAACACCACCAGUACCUCGUCCCAGCCAUCCUGCCGAUGACGCUGGAGGAUGAACAGGCGUCCUCGUCGGUCACGCUGAGCACGGCAGCAGCACAGCAGGCCAAUCCAUACGCUGGAUAUGAAGAGAAGACAGCCUACGUCGCCUUCAGCCUGAGAGAGUUCAAGAGGGGUGUAAGCGCCAAGAUUGCAGACACGCAGCAAGCCUCUUUCCUGCCAGAGGGCCUGUUCCCGAUGGUUCUGGCACGCGUGAUGGCACACAUGCAACACGGUGCAACGGAACCGCCCAUGUUGAGCCGCACAGACGCCGUGAUCUUCAUGGAUGCUGCUGAGAUCGAGAUGCAGCUCGUGCCGGCUGUUGGCGGCAUCAAGAUCAAGGUCAUGACUGCACGUCCUCGCACGCUGCUGCACAUGCUGUACGACACCAUCACAACAGCUGUCACGCAGCGCUACCCCGAGCUCAAGGCCACGUUGCUGCUGCCAUUCAGUGACACGAGACUGCUGUUCUUCGAGGACGACGUGCACACCCACCACAUGAACAAGAAAGCGCUUCGCGUUGGCCGCUCACAGCUGCUGUCACCAGGAGAUCUGGUCGCCAAAUAUGGACCACUCUUGCCAGUUAUGGGUCAGCAGGACAAAUACGAUGCCUUCAUCAGCUACAGGCAACGCGGCAACCGGGGUUUGGUGAUGACCCUUCACCCAAGGUUGGAACAGCACGGACUGGUGACCUUUGUGGACACCAACAACUUGGAGACAGGCGUCAACUUCAAGCAUGCGUGCAUGACAGCCCUGCACAACAGUGCUGUCGCCUGCCCCGUCGUCUCUGUCGGUGCCAUCCAUCAGAUGCGCUCGCUCGGCCACAGUGACACGUGCGAUAACGUGCUGUUGGAGUGGAUGGCCAUGCUGGAGUUGCAGCAGCUUGCUCGCCAGCACCAGGACCAGAUCCGCCUUCGCCGCAUCGUCCCGCUCUUCGUUGGCAGUGGCUGGCACGACAGCAACCACCAUGUUAUGAGCGCGGCGGAAGUGAGCGAGUACGACUCGUUUGACCGCCUGAAGCGGCUGGCAACGAAGCUGCCGGAUGUUGUGAGCAAGAACACGACGUCAGCGCUGGACCAGUACUUUUCACAGGUGCUGCGCCUGCCACCCCCACAGCAGCACAAGAGCGUGCGUGAAGUGGUGCUGUCGCUAUUUGACGUUGAUGCGGUGAUUGCGGUGGAUGCCGGCGUGGACCGCACGUCGCAGCUGCGCGAAAUUGCAGAAAAGGUGCGCCAGGUUGUCGUCUCUGCCAGGAGCGAGGAGCAAGCAGCUCAGGAGCCAGCAGCUGCACGUCGUUCCACGCAGUCAUCUUCCUCGGUCUCCACCGCUACCACUCCUGUUACACCACCACCUGCCUCCUCAUCGUCCUCCUCAUCUUCGCCAUUUGAUCCCGAGUUACUUGAAUGGCUCAAUCGCCACUCGCUGCUGCCGCACGUCGAGUCCGCCCUGGUUGAGCACGCUAUCGACGAUCUUCACGUGCUGGUGGCGCUCGUUCAAAUGGGGGAGCUGACCAUGCAGAUCCUCAAGGCAUCUGGUGUGCCAAUGGGUGCUGCCUUCAAGCUGAUUCGGGAGGCAAAGAAGUGCGACGUGGACAGUUCUGUGUAGUGUGACGGGUUAUCGGCCCUGUUACCUCCUGUUCUGCGCUGAGUUAUUUCUGUUCUCUUCCGUCUUUACCUUGUAUGCCUUUCAUCGAUUCCAUACGCCCGACUGUCGUAGACCACCGCUUGCACCGCUUCUGUCCCCUGUUUCUCCUCCUCUCACUCCUUGCCGACGUGGCGCCAAGGCGUGCUUCUUGUUGCUCUGCACCUUCCGUGCUUUCGUUGCCCUCCUGUGUCAUGUCCCCACUUUUUACUUCACCUUUGUUCCACAUACAUCCUCC